AUGGAAAAGAUGAAUAGUAAGCCGUCUCGUUUAGAGAUCUUACCCGAUGAACUAAUUCUGGAUUUAUUUUCAUACAUUCCUUCCAUUGAGUUAUAUUAUACGUGGUAUGGACUUAACCGUCGUCUAAGUGCAAUCAUUCGUUCGGUAAAAAUCAGUUUCGAGCUAAAUGAUAAUACUGAAAGAACAAUUCACACAUUGAACUAUUUUUCUUCGCAAAUCAUUCGACUACACGUUCGAAAUUGUUUCGAUAAUCUUGACUUACGAUGUUUUUCAAAUCUACGCUCCUUAAUUAUCGACACUAAACUAACCAGUGAUCAACUCCAUGCUAUUCAUCCAUCAGCUUUACCUCAUCUCAAACGUCUGACCUUUUCCGAAUGGUGGAUCGACCGCGAGCCAUUAAAUAGCAUCAUCUUCACGCAACAUUCUUCUGAAAAUCAAUCGAUGACAUGGUUAAAAGUCUAUCACAUACCGACGAUGCCAAGUUAUUUCCUACGUCACUAUCAACCGCUAUCCUAUGUUCAUACAAUGAUUUUCGAUCGAGUACAUCCUUGUAACAUAAAUAUAAUUCUCUCUGUACAAACGUUAUUACGUCGUUUAAAACUAACUGUCGUGCGCUGGAUGCCCGAUGACGGUCUAUCGAAAAUUUUACCUUCUGUUCGACAAUAUCAGCAUACAAGUUUAGUUCAUCUAGAUGUAACGAUGAAUACAUGGGAUAAACUGGACGAUUUGUAUCCGAUUUUGUCUCAUUUGUCUUGCUUGAAGCAUCUUCAUGUUACAUGUGAUAGUUUGACUAUGAACGAUUUAAAACGAUUGGCGAUUGAACUGCAUACGCGAGUACCGACAAUGAAAAGAUUUACUUGUUCGUUUAGACAAACAUAUGUUGAAAAUAUCAAGACAGUACAAUGUUUAAGUCCACUGUUUCGUUGUAUGAGAUGUACGAAAGUCCAAUGGGAAGGUGGAUGGCAUUAUUAUUGUGUAACAACAAAUGAUAUCUAG